CUAGGUAUAAUCACGUGACCCGAUGCCAUUGUGAGAGCAGACCUAGAUACCUGUUAUUGUAUAUAGAGUUGUGUAAAUACUGUAUAUGAUGAGCACAGCGGUGAGCACAUCCCGUGCUAGCAGCAGGCCCAAUAAGGACAAAAAUGCGAAAGCUGCAUCAAGGCCGCAAGUAAAGACAGAUGAAACUUCAAAGAUGCACCAGGCAACACCAGAGCAGUUACGACUGGCACAGAUCUCACAGAUCAGUGAGGAUGAAACUAUAUUCAGACAGAAAGUACAACAAAUUAUUGAUCUGACAGGCAAAACCCAGGUGGAGUGCGAAAUAGCUUUACAUGAUUGCCAACAGGAUACUGAAGGAGCAAUUAACAUGCUUUUAGAGGGAGAACAUUAUCAGGGUGAAUGGCGUGAAACAGGUGGAAAGAAAAAGAAAAGAGCAAAUCCUCCAAAUAAGACAGAACCACAACAGAAUAAUGUUGAUGAAAAGCCAGACAAAACUGAACAGAACUUUGAACCACGUGAACGGCCAGACAGAAGCGGCGAUAACAGACCAGACGGUACUUCUCGCAGAGGUCGUCGAUUUGACAGUCGCCCACCACGUUUGGCUCGUGGCCGAGGAAGAGAAAGGGGAGAUGGUGGAUUCAGGGGCAACAGGGACAACAAUAAUGAUCAUGACAAUAAAGAAAAUGGUUUUGGGACCUUUGACAAAGACCGAGAUACAGAUAACAGAGGUAGAGGACGAGGAAGAGGGAGGGGAGGACCUCGAAGAGGAGGAAGGGGGAGUUUUAAUAGGAAUCCUAGGUUUGACAAGGGGCCUCAAAUUGAUACAUGGACAAAUGAAACAGCAGCAAAUGCAGAGAAGGAAAACGCAGCAGGUCAUUGGGAAUCUGUGGAAGACUGGAAUGAAGAUACAUGGACAGGAAGUUUGUCUGAGACAAAAGUAUUCACAGCAACAACCACACAGGAAGACCCAAUAUCUGAGAACACAACACCUAUGGCUGACAGUACAAAUACUCUUGGACAAAGAUUAGAUUUGGGGGCCCUUUUACAGAAGCCAACCAGUGAUCCAUCAGAACCAGCUUACAUUACACAAUACAACCAGCAGGCUACAGAAAGUAUAAAAAAUUCUAUAGGGAUUGGAUCCUCUCCACGACAGAAUCUCACUAAUCAGCUUGGUGGCUCAGCUUUGACCAAUCAUAUGCAGACUGGAUCUAUGUCGAACCAGCUGCCCUCAUCAUCGCUAUCCAAUCAGCUUUCUGUUUCGCAACAGUCCUCCUCUGAUGCCAUUAAUGCAUUGGUUUCGUCAUUUGGUCAGAAUCAGACCUCUUACAGCCAGAGUUCUUCAGGAUUCAGCCAGAGUGUGUCAGCCUAUAGUCAGAGUCCUCCUGGUUACAGCCAGACUUCCUCUGGAUUCAGUCAAGGUCAGGCAACAUACAGUCAGAGUCCAUCGUCUGUUUACAGCCAGAACCAAACAUCGGCCUAUAGUCAGAGUCAAUCAUCUGGCUUCAGUCAGAACACAGGAUCUGUAUACAGCUCGAGUCUAGAACAAAACAGUGGUGGACAGGUGGAUUCAGUACCCUCUUCACAGUCAGGUUUACAACAGAGACCAAAGUCCCAAAGAACAAAAUUGCCACCACCAUCAAAGAUUCCAGCCUCUGCAGUUGAAAUGCCUGGACACAUGACAACAAGGUUAGAUGUUCAGUUUGGGACAUGGGAAUUUGGAUCUGAUAAUUCAUCACCAUUUAGUUUUGGUGGAGAAUCCUCUGUUACAAACAACAUGACCAGUACUGGUGCUAGCAGUACAACUCAAACCAUAAGUGGUCAUAUGCCCCCUCAGCAGGUGAGUAGUAAGCCAAGCGAGUCUGUGAUCUCCUCCUCCAUAAUGACCACGCCUCCAGCUAACAGUACCUCUGCUAUGUCGGGUGGUGACCAGACCUCUCCUAGGACAAACAUUUUCCAUGCCUCUCCCUACACCACCCCUACCAAGAAGGACUCUGCAUCACGCAACCAGAGCAAGAUGAGUCCGCCAGAGCCUAUUCCUUUCCCUCCAUCUCAGUCCGACCGGAAAUCCAGUCCAAUGAUCAACUCACAGCAUCCAGGAUCCUCCAGUAAUCUAACAUCUGGACCACUGGCAACUUCCAAGCCUGAUUCCACUAAUUUAAGUUCCUACAGUCCAUCUACGCAAGGUUAUGCAUCAACAACAUAUCCAUCGCAAAAGACAGGACUAUCCACCAAUUCUGGUCGAUCUAGUGCCACAGGGCUUUCAAGUAGUGCUGGACUGUCCAAUGCAGCAGGGCUUUCAAACUCCACAGGAAUUUCAAAUAAUUCUGGUCUUUCAAAUUCAGCUGGACUUUCAAGUACAUCAGGAUUCUCACAUUCAUCCUCAUCACAGCCAGGCUCUUACCAGAACCAGUAUCAAACUGGAUCAAACCAGUAUCAAACUAGUCAGAACCAGUUCCCUAGUGGACAGAAUCAGUACCAAAGUGGACAGAAUCAGUAUCAGUCUGGACAGAAUCAGUUCCAUAGUAGUCAGAAUCAAUUCCAAAAUUAUGGACAGUCAACUGGGUCAUCAUUCCAGAAUCCCAGUUCUUACUCAAGUGGAAGUGGCUCCUACAGUGGGUCGAGCCAGCAAAAUCAAGGCAAUCUGUAUCCGUCAUCGGCCACAAACUCGUAUCAAUCUCACUCCACUCAAAACUCUCUGUAUCAUCAAGGAAACUCAUCACAGACCACAUCAUAUCAACCACAGACAAACUCAUCCUCUUAUCAUGGUGCCCGCGACUCACAAGCUGGUUCUUACCCUACAAGUGUUAGUAGAGACUCGCAGUCGGCUUCAUUUCAAGCCAGUGUGAGCCAGUCAGGGUCAUAUCCAACUAGCGGGAGCCGAGACUCGCAGACAGGCUCGUCAUUCCAGACAUCUGUCACACAGUCUAGUGCAACUUCUUACCAAAGAGACAGUCAAUCGGCUCUGUCAACGCCGGCCACACAAACACAGUCGGUGUACACUACCUCUCAGGGGUAUGGUGCAUCACCACACCAAAACAGCUUGCCAUCAAACUUACAAACGUCGCCACUGUCAGGAGUGUCUGCUAACAAGAUCAGUGAAACUUUGUCAAAGAUGACAGUGAAAGACUCACCUUUAGAUACUAGACAAUCUCCACAGUAUGACAGUUCGACAUCUACAACGACGAGUAAUUUAACGACUACGACAAUAACGACAUCUUUGGCAACAGGAACAACUACUCCAUCAGCUGUUGUGUCUACCAUUGCAUUGACAACAACAGUUGGAUCAACCAAAGUUAUGACUGCCCCGUCAACAAGCACCACAAAGAACACUCCAAGUUUGCCUCCCGGUGUGCUGCUAAGUCAUCAGUACAUUAUGGGACAGGGAACAAUGCCGCCAUACUUUGGACUGCAACAGCCCCUGUAUGCAAGCUACACAGACGAGCUUCAGCUUCAACUUCAACAGAGAUUACCCCCUACCCUGGCAAAUUACAAUUAUGAUAUGACAGGAUUUGGUGUGCCAACUACCAUGACUGGACGGGACCAGACCACAUUGGGAAAUGUGCCAUAUUCUGCAGCAGACAAUAAGAUUGGUAGAGUGGAUGCUCAGUCUCCUAUUCCUGCAUCUCAACAACAGUCAACACAAUCUGCUCAUCAGCAACAACACUUUAUCAAUGUCCCAUAUGGCUAUUACUACCCCUCAGUCUUACCGUCAGCUGGAUUCCAGUACCCUGCCACCAUGUUUCCGGUGCCCCCAGUAACAAAUACAGCACAUGCUGGAACAACAGCUAACACCCAGUACCAGAAAACUUACGGUGCAUCACAUGCAUACGCAAGCAAUAAAGGUGGAUAUGAAGAUCUGACACAGGGAACAGAAUUUGGCAAGUCAUCGUAUGGAAACCCAGCCCAGAACAAGGUUUCAGGAGUAUCAGGAUCUGUUGCAUCAGUACCAGGAGCUGCUGAUAUGCCUGGAUCAGGCUAUGGCAAGUCCCACACACAGAUGAUACUUCUUACUGAUAAAGUAAAGAAAUAUCCACAUCGGAGCAGUAGUGAAGCAUUUGACAAACAAGGAUUCCAUGCAGGAACACCACCCCCAUUCAAUUUACCCCUAGCGACGGGUACACAGGCUGGACCACUAGGGGCCCCCACAACUCCCUAUGGUGCUGCCCCCUUCAUGAACGUACCAAUGAUGCCCCCACAUAACCAGAUGCUCCAUCCCAACAUGCAGCAGGAUUCCACAACUGGGUCAUCGCGAGGCUCUCAUGUACACAGUCAGCAAAACAGCACCCAGGCAAAGGCCGGUGGUGCCAAGGCAUACGCAAACUCCAACUGGAACUACUAGACAGCUGCUGGAGACUCGAGGUUACUCGGGAGUCAGCGCUGGAACAGGCAGACUGCUGUCACAUGGAAUAGGGAGGCCACCACUGCUGGUGUUUAAUGAUGGUUACCAAAAAUCUUCUGUUUGUUUGUAGCGAGAAAUUUUGAAUCUUGUGUAUCUUUCUAGUGUUGGUAUAUUUUAAACAUUGAUACUAGAAUCCCAAUUUAUGAAAUGCUGUUCUGCGGUUGUACAUGGCUUUUGAGAUGUGUGUGUGUGUUUGUGUCAGCUUUGUAGAUUUACCUAUGUCAGUCUAGAUCAUCCUGAGCUCAGCCUACAGAACAAUGUACACAGCAAUCGUCUAAAGCUUCUCUCCUAGGGGUUGUAUGUAUGUGUUAGUAAUGUAUGAAAACAUAAAAAUAUGUAUUGGGGCUUGUCUGUAAGAUCACUCUUAUCAAGUUUAAAAAAACAAAAAAAUGGUUUCCUGUAGGAAACGGACAAAUGUAGAGGAAUUUUGUUGCAGAAGUUCCUCACUGUAGAUUCCUAGAAAGGGGAUUUGAAUAGAAAACAUUAAUCAAAGAUGGUGCCUUACAAAGCGAUAACAGAAUGCUCACCUGAAGGUGAUGCUUUAUCAGGUCAAGUGGACUUGAUGGACCCUUGCCAAAGUCAAUAUGAAGGACCACGUUUAAGUAGGUCCACAUUAUUGAGUCUAUUUUCCUUCCUUAUCCAUUUAAUAUUUUUCCAAAUCAUGUUUUAUUCAGAUGUAAAUAACCCAUUCAAAGCAUUAUGUUUAAUAGCUUAAUAUACAUUAAUGUGUAUAUAUAAAUUUGGACGGGGUCCAUCAGCUUCACGGGACUAUUAAGAAUGAUGAAAUAUCAAAAAGAACUGAAUUCUAGGAAAGGUAUCAAAGGGUCACGUCAACGUUUAGUUUUGUGUAUCACCUUAAUUUGAUUUAUUUAAAUGUGUGCUCACAAAAAAAAGAUUUGUUUUUCAUUAUUAAUAUUAUGAUCAUUGUGUCCUUUGGUCUUACCUGUGUUGAGUAUAUUAUGAUUAUUAUUAUUAUUGUUAUUAUGAAUAAUUCGUAGUAAAUGUGCAUGUGUACAAAUUCAUUGAACAUUAGUCGAAGAAAUUCCAGAUUUUUUUUUGUCCUGGUGAAUAGAAUAUUGUAGAGUUUCUGAAGAUUUUGUAUUGUAAAUAUAUAAAUAUAUAUAUCUUUAUCAUCAAGUAUGUUCAGAGGAAUUUGCCUUUUUUUUUUUAACUGGAGCCAUUAAGUAAUGUACAUUUCCUAUUGUGCUCAUAAUAAUAAAAAAAUGAAUGAAAUAUUGAA